AUCACAUCUUUACCUUGUUUCCAAAUUCUGCUCUUGAUUAAUUCAUUAAUAUUUUGUUCUUCAAAGCUUCAUUCAUUAACAAAAGUUAAUUCAAUUAAGAUUAAUUAAGAUGAGAAGAAACUGUAACUUGGAGCUAAGGCUCGUCCCUCCUUGUGUUUCUUUUUCUCCUCAAGAUUGCUCUACUCCAUACAUCUCCAUGGGGAGUAAAGGAAGCCCCGAAGAGAAGCAACCACAGCAGCUAACGAUAUUUUACAAUGGAAAAGUUGUGGUUUCUGAUGCUACUGAGCUUCAGGCUAGAGCUAUAAUACAUCUCGCAAGUAGAGAAAUGGAGGAGAAAACAAAGACACCAUCAUCAGUUUUGGAGCCACCAUCACCAUUGUUACAAUCACAAACUGGCAUUUCCAUGAAGAGAUCCCUGCAAAGAUUUCUACAGAAGAGAAAAAAUAGAAUUCAAGCAACUUCUCCAUAUCAUCACUAGCUACUGAUAAUGGAGUACUAAUAUCUGAUGGUCUUUUACUUAUCUUUCUUCUUUUUUUCCCUUCUUCUAGUGUGGUAUGGUGAUAACGAAGACAGAUCUUUUUUUCAUGUCAUUUCUGAUGACAUGUUCUAGAUAUGUAAAUUAUAACUACUUUCAUACAAAUAUUAUGGAUGUUAGCCUUGAAAUGAAUUUAAAUGAGAAACAUGAUCGAUAAGGGUUUAUAUAGCCGACGCCUACUUAUUUAGGGCCGAGGCCUAA